AUGAAAGUAUCAACAAGUCUCGUUGUGGCAGCUGUCUUGGUUGCAUUGAGCACGAGCGUAAACGCCAAGACGGCGAGCACAUCCGUCUUUGCAUCAGAGCCAUCAGAUAGUGAUCCCACCGAGGAACUAUCGUUGAGCUCGGAGUCCACGGCCGAACAAUCGGACAAAGAUAACUCGAAAUCUCUGGUCGAUACGAAAGACGCCACGGGCGACCCACCUGAAGAUCUAUACGAUUUCGAUGCACCUUGUGCAUCGGAUGACGGAGACACGAAGAAAGGCCUCACGGGGGAACAAUCUGAAGAAGAUAGCUCGACCCCGCUAUACGAUUUCGAUGCACCUUGUGAACCGGAUGGAGGAGACACGAAGGGAGGUCUCACGGACGAACAAUCUGACGAAGAUAGCUCGACCCCGCUCUACGAUUUCAGCUCGCCUUCUUGCGCAUCGGAUCCGGACCAAAUUGGCGGCUUUACUGAUGAAGAAAAAGCGAUCUGGAUCGAGCGUCACAACUAUUUCCGAGUAGCAGCUUUGCCCUGGGCAGCAGGUAAUAUGAAACGAAUGAAUUGGGACGAUGAGUUGGCCAAGGAAGCCGCAUCGACGGCUGAAAGUUGCACUGCUGAAACAACUGCCGGUCUUAACGUCUUUAAGGCCACGUCAACGGACUCAUCAUCGGUGAUUGACGAAGCGCUCAAUGAUUGGGCUGUCAAGCCUGCACUGUCUAAUAUCGGAUCAGUCGUUCCGCCGGCAAAAGGAAGGCGAUUCCGUUGGCGCGGGACUUUACAACUCAUACACACAAGUGAUCUGGGCUGA